CCAGGCUUCAACACUGGCAAAAUGCAGGCCCUACUGUUCCUUAUGGCAUUCCUCUUGCCUUCUGGAGCUGGAGCCGUGCUGUGUUGGAGUGUCUUAAAACUCUGUGACUAGGAACUUGGGAUUCUUUGUUCCAGAGGAGAUUAUUGGUGGUGUUGAGUCUAGUCCACACUCCCGCCCUUACAUGGCCCAUUUGGAGAUCAGACUUGAAGAAGGUUACACAGCCACUUGUGGUGGAUUUCUCAUAACCCGCCAAUUUGUGAUGACUGCUGCACACUGUAAAGGAAGAGAAAUCACUGUCACCCUUGGAGCUCAUGAUGUGACCAAGACAGAAUCCACACAGCAGAAGAUAAAAGUUGAAAAACAAAUCAUUCACCCAAACUACAACUUCUAUUCUAAUCUCCAUGACAUCAUGUUACUGAAGCUUAAAAAAAAAGCCAAGGUGACUCCUGCUGUGGACAUAGUUCCCCUGCCUAGUUCUCCUGACUUUAUCAAGCCUGGGAAGAUGUGCCGGGCUGCUGGCUGGGGGCGAACUGGAGUGACAGAACCUACCUCAGAUACCCUGAGGGAGGUAAAACUGAGAAUCAUGGAUAAAGAGGCCUGUAAAAACUAUCUGCAUUACAACUAUAACCUCCAGGUCUGUGUGGGCAGUCCCAGAAAGAAAAGAUCAGCAUACAAGGGAGACUCUGGAGGACCACUCCUGUGUGCUGGGGUGGCCCAUGGUAUUGUAUCUUAUGGACGUGGAGAUGCAAAGCCUCCUGCAGUCUUCACCCGAAUUUCCCCAUAUGUGCCCUGGAUUAAUAGAGUCAUAAAAGGCAAGUAGCUGAAAACCCUGACCUGCAAGCAUCAGAGUCUCCAAGCCACAGUUCUUCUGAUAACCCUCGGGUUCAACAAAGCAUGUCCCAAGCCUGUCCUUAGUCAGUCCCAAACCUGUCUUCAUCCUGCCUGCAGCCUGUCCCCAAGAGGAUCUCAAAGAUAAAGUCUGUGAUAAUGGAUUGUUCCCUGCAAAGCACCUCAAUAAAACCUAACCUCCAGCAGC